UGUAUCUGAGUUGUACUAAGGUCAAUGUUUUGACUAGAAAAUGAAGGUUGUCUUUGUGUAGUAAAACGCAGAUUUCGAGCAAAUAAAGAUCCUUUAAAGAUGGGCAAUUGUUUAAAGGCACAGAGUAACGAUGAUAUUUCUCUCCUACGAGGAAAUGAGAACCAGGAGAGCGUCGAGCAGGCGCUGGGACCACCACCUCCUUAUCAGGAGCAAAGAACUCCAGUGUAUCAUCCAACACCAAAUGUGAGCAGGCAAGCAAGCCAACUGACAGAAGAGGAACAAGUUAAAAUUGCUAAACGACUCGGCCUUAUCAAUCACCUUCCUACUGGCAUCUAUGAUGGCACUUCAAAGAAAGGCAAAGAAUGUGUGAUAUGUAUGGGUGAUUUUUCUGUUGGUGAACAAUUGAGAAUAUUGCCGUGUAUGCAUUCUUACCACAAAGAUUGUAUUGAUGAUUGGCUGAUGAGAUCGUUCAUUUGCCCCUCCUGUAUGGAACCUGUGGACGCAGCGUUGUUAUCCACAUAUGAAACAAGUUAGGGUUGUGAGCUUCUGUUGUGAUAGAGACAUCCUUAUUGGUGAUACUUCUGCAGGUGUCAACUGCAGUGUAUGAAAAGUGUUAUACCUGUGGCUGCAACUGCUGCCUAUGGAGUGAUCUGAAUACAACUGUACACUGGCUUGAACAUUUUGUCUCUGUGUAGCCAAACAGAGCUCCAACAAACAUGGAAGUCAAGUGUACAACGUCUGUGAUGCAUUUAUUUGUUAAGAAACAUGGUUUAUUCUGUUGAACAUGUUACAUAAACCAUAUUGAAAAAGUUUAUGCAAAAUUUAGUUAAUACAUGUAUAUUUUUUCACUAGCUUUGCUCAUCCUUAAACUUUCAGCUAGUAUUGGUUGUUUGCUGUUCAGAGUAUACCUAAUAUUGCAUCAUGUAGUCUGUUGUAAAAGUUCAGGAUUUUCAAAGCAGUUCUAGUCAAUAAUUAUUCCAAUAAAUGCAGUACUUCAUGAUAUUUUCCUUUCAUUUGAAUAAAUACUCCUAAGGUAAAUUUAUACAUCUUAAAAUCUCUUUUUACCUGAUGUCCUAAUAUAAAAUGUAGAAUGUAAAUCAAAUGGUCACAUUGAGUUGCUUUAAAUUCAAUUUCCAUGGUGUUUUCAUUUGAAUUGAAAAUCAUUUUCAAAUUUCAAGAUGGCAUUAAAGACUAUUCCACAAUUAUUUUUUGUCAUGUGUUUUUUACAUCAGGGUAUUUGACCUUCAACCAUGCUUCAAAUAGAGAAACAUAACUUACAUUUCUUUUUAUUGCAUAAAGGAUAUAAAUGGUUGUGCACUAGUUUAGAUUGUUUAUAACAGUGGAUGCUUAUUUGUGAAAUUUACAUGCCCAAACUUUGUCAUGAUUUUAAGGAGCUUAAUUCAGUAUAUGGUAUUUAAACAAGAUUUUAAAUUAUUUUUUAAUGUGAGUUUUUAACACCAAAAUAUUGAUAUGGUUAAUUAAUGAAGAACACCAAAUAAUUGUUGUUGAAUUCUGCUGAAAUACAAACAUUAAAUUUUGAAAUGUUUGUUCCUAUAUCGUAGCAUUGAAAAUAAUAUGUAACUUUUAUUGCUUAAGGGAAGUUAAAGCAUAUAUACCAUAUAAUUAUUCAUGUGACUAUCCAUUGGGAAAUUUGCGGGCAAUUUCCAUCUUUUAAAUAUAUAAUUAAGAUGUAGUAUCGGCAAGAAAACCUGAUGUUGAUCUUGAUACAUUUUAUAAUGAACCGGUGUACAUCUGUGUUGCAAUAUGUUCUCCUUAUCUUAUUUUCUCUAUUAUGAUAAUGGUGUGAUCGAUCUAUGGUGGCAUUACUCAUCAAUCAUAUUUCCAUAGAUAAACAAGACCAUACUUAUGUAAAUAUACAUGUCAUGAAUCCACUUUCCUCACUAGCUGUCGUAAAUGGAAACUGAUAUUGUAGGUUUAGCCACUGGAAAUGUCGUUUGAAUAUUCAGAUUUAUGGUUUCUUUUGCCAGUUAUUUAUGACUGGUUUAACCUUUAACAUUACAUAAAUAACAAAAAUAUAUUGAACAUGUUGACGGAGACAACUGUUUGAUUGAAAUCAUGAACAGCCAAUGCUUGUUUCCUACAUUAUUGAAUACUGUCACUUUAUGUGAACAUGUUUUAAAAAUAAUUUUAGUAUAUUACAAUUCAGAUAUUUUUUUAGCUUUUGUUACAAUAUAAUAAUUGUGUGUGUGUUGAUAUUAUCAAUGGCGGUGAAUGAUAGGGAAGGCCUAACCAGUCGUGUUUGUAUUGUGAUGUUUUGUAUCCAUUUAUUGUCUCCAUUCUGUGAAAACCAAGAAAUUAUGAAUUAUAUUUAAUUAUAAACCAUUACUUUACAUAUAAAUUUGUUGUUAAUGAUAAAUACUGUGUGUUAAAGCUGUACUCUCACAGAUUUACCAUUUUUACAACUUUUUUAUUUCUUGUCUUGCAAAUUUUUGUGUAAAUAUCUGCAAACCAGUGAAAAAGACUGCUGACAAUAUAUUAGAUCACAGAUUCAGUUCGAAAACAAAUGUUUUUUGGCUUAAAGCGUUACUAAUGGGUUAAGAAAAAUGCCUAAAACAUCCAUACUUAAAUAGAAAAAUCUGUGACUAAUUUUUUGUCAGCAGUCUUGUGUGAAUGGUUUACAUGCAUUUUCACAAAAAGUUUGUCAAAAUGUUCAAUCUGUGAGAGUGCAGCUUAAAUGAAGUUAAGUGCACUUGAGAAUGUGUUUGGCUGUUUGUGAGUUUAGCUGAUUGUGAUACAUAUCAACAGUUUCUAUUUAUGCCUGGAAAACUGCGUUACAGUUUUGUAGUGAGACUAACAGUCUUACUAAUAUAUAAAUCACCAUGUAUGCUUCAUGCUUUAGUUGCUUUAAUAGUUUUUACUUUUGUUCAGAUAUCAUUUUGUUUGUGUCGAUAUUUUAACUGUGUGCUUCUGAUGAUUGAUUGAAUGUGUCUCACUUCGUCCAAUGCUAAGAAGACUGGCUGACCCUCUCCUGUGCUUCAUUCCUGCAUAUAUCUGAACUCAGAGCGAUGUUUUAUAUUAAGACAGCCAAAUAUGGUAAAGCAUUUAUCAUUUCAUAGCAAACUUUGGUGUUAGUAUGCAGUAAUCAAAAAUAAAAUUUUCAAUUAUAAAUUUAUUACUUUAAGUGCUGCAAUGUGACGGAAAAGGUUUUUCAUGUGCAAUCAAAAAUUAAAGCCAAUUAAUUUUUGUACAAGUUAGAAAAUAACAGCGCUAUAGUCAUUUUGGGGAAAACAUUUUUCUAUAUUAGUAAUAGUGACUCCACCUCCCUCAAAGCAAUCCCAAGCCAGCUCUUCACAUAAGCUACCUACAUAUUGAGUUUCAUCACUAUCCAACAUUCCUCUACCUGCACACCAAGUUUCCUCAUUCUCCAUCAAAAGAGAAAAAAAAAAAAACAGUUGUACUCUGGAUUAUCAAUUUAAAAUGGUGAUGGAACAAUAAGUUUGUUGAUAAGAGAAGAUGGUAACUUAUUUAUUAAGUCUUUGUCCCAACUAUUGAAACACAUUAUUUCUCAAACCUAGUGUGUUUUGAAAGUAUAAAUAUACAAGUGUCCUAGCAAAUCAAGGGUGGAAUGCGAAAAGGUCUAAGUGACAUUAAAUAAAGAACAAGAUAGAACCUUUUUGCUUUGACCCCUCGAAAUGUGGUUCCAUUUCUUCUUAUUGAAAGUAUCUUUAUUUAAAAAACCUCAACAUAUGAAAUGAUGGGACUCUUAUAUAGGGGUUCAUAUAUUUUCACCUGUUCAAUUUUUGUUCGUGGUUAGCUUGGGAUUUCAUUUAUUCUGUGAAUUACAAUAUUACAUAGUUUUUGUGUUAUUUGUAAUAAAUGUACCAUAGUUUGAAUUCAUAUUCACUAGCUGUAUGGCGUCAUAAAGGAUCUCAAAUAACUUACUGUUUUGUUAUAAUCUGCUUGUAUAGUAUUACAGUUCUACAUUUAAGCCAAGCAUCUUCUAUGCUAUGAUGUUACGUAUUUCUUCUAUUAAGUAUGUAUCAAAUAUCUGCCCUGAAACUCACAUUUUUAAACUUUUAAAUCUUAAUUGUGCUAUAUCAAAACUGUGCUGACUGUAAACAGGGGUACAGUAUCACCUCUGAUAUUUAUUACAUGAACAUGUAACAGAUAUGUUGAAGACAAUUUUAUGCAAAAACAAGUUUAUGUAAUCAUCUUCUUGAAUGUGAGUUACACCAAAUUAAAAAAAAACCCAUACCUAUGGCAUUUCAUUUGUGACCUGUGCUAAUAUACUAGUGCGUAUUGUUAAAACCAUCAUUGUUUCAUAGUUUCUCUCUUGUGUCUUUCUCACUUACAUGUGGUGUAUGUCUGUUGUAUAUAUGCCACACUAACAUGUAUCUGAAUUGUGUGCAAUUAAAUAUUGUUUUUGUUGUAUCUGUAGUCAAACAGUAUGCUUUGUUCCAAUAAAUAUAUUUAAAGAUAA